CGCCCGGACACCGCGCGGGCCGCCGGCACCAUGAAGAUCUGGACUUCGGAGCAUGUCUUUGACCACCCAUGGGAAACUGUUACAACAGCUGCAAUGCAGAAAUACCCAAACCCUAUGAACCCCAGUGUGGUUGGAGUUCAUGUAUUGGACAGACACAUAGAUCCCUCUGGAAAGUUGCACAGCCAUAGACUUCUUAGCACAGAGUGGGGACUGCCUUCCAUUGUGAAAUCUCCUAUUGGUGCAGCAAGAACCAAAACAUAUGUGCAAGAACAUUCUGUAGUGGAUCCCGUAGAGAAGACAAUGGAGCUUAAAUCUACUAAUAUUUCAUUUACAAAUAUGGUUUCAGUAGAUGAGAGACUUAUAUACAAACCACACCCUCAAGACCCAGAAAAAACUGUUUUGACUCAAGAAGCCAUAAUUACCGUGAAAGGAGUCAGUCUCGGCAGUUACCUCGAAGGACUGAUGGCAAGUACGAUAUCGUCAAAUGCUAACAAAGGCCGAGAAGCAAUGGAGUGGGUCGUACAGAAGUUAAAUGCUGAAACAGAGGAACUGACGGCUUCGGCAAGAGGGAGCAUAAGGACACCGAUGGCGGCAGCGGCAUUUGUGGAGAAAUGAUAAUGAAAGUUGAUAAACAACACCCAGUUCCGCAGGUCUCUACAA